AAAACUAAAGCUCGAGAGAAUCCAUAGCAAGGAUUUGAUUUUUGAAGGCGAGCGACCAUUCUGUGGUGUCGGACUGUCUAUCCCCUUGUUUUCUAAUCACCGUUUUCUUCCUUUUCUUAUCAAACUAUGAUAAUUAUUGUACGUUAUUGCUUGAUCUAAGGCGUGUUAUAUAGAAAUUUAUGAACCCACCUUCCUAAUCCAACCACAAAUUGAUUGGUGGAAUAGUCAAAUUCAUGCUUACCCACUUGGAAACAAUGCAAAUGAUCCUCCCACUGUCGCUACGUGAUUCUUUUAAUUCAGUGACUGGAGUGUGGUUCGAUGGAGAAGAAUUCUGGGGUUCAGCGAUUCUUAGCUUUGACAAGCAAAUUAUAGUGGUUUGGUGGACAUUGUCGGAGAACUGCUCGGAGUUGUAAGCAUCGAUCAACAAUGAUUGAUGGGAUCAUCGGCGCAACCAUCACCACGUUGUUAAACAGCUUUAGGGCGUCAAAUCGGAUGCAUGCAUUAAUUGGGAACAGCGUCCUGUUUUGGCUUAAAAUCCUCUCCGAGUGGAAUGCUUGUUCUGCUGUGGUCUAUGUUCUUGAGCUCCUUCUCUUCAUUUAAAGUUUUCCUGGUUAUCACCAAUAGCUUUUUGCUUGUUCAGCAGUCUCCAGCUCUGUGAAAUCUUGAAUCAGUUAGUGGUCUUCUUGGUUCAAGGGUGGUUUGGAAGACUAAGUUUGUUGUUCACUCAUGGAGAGCUUAUUUGUUCUUACAUUGCUUAGUUCAAUAUGGGCAUUUCUUACUGGUUCUGCAUGCUGCCAAAGGCCUGCAGUUGUGAACAUUGGUGCAGUUUUCACUUUUGAUUCAAUUAUAGGAAGAGCAGCAAAGGUGGCAAUGGAAGCUGCAGUCUCGGAUGUGAAUGCAGAUCCUUCUAUUCUCAAUGGAACAAAGCUGAAUUUGGUCAUGGCAGAUACACAUUGUAAUGUUCUCUUGGGUUCUAUUGGAGCUUUCCAGGUUCUUGAGAAAGAUGUUGUAGCCAUAGUUGGGCCUCAAUCUUCAGUUGUAGCUCAUAUGGUUCUACAGAUUGCUAAUAAUCUUCAAGUCCCUCUUAUAUCAUACGCCGCCACUGACCCAACUUUAUCUGCUCUCCAAUUCCCCUUUUUCCUACGGACAACUCAGAGUGAUGCCAAUCAAAUGACUGCUAUGGCAGACUUAAUUGACUUUUAUGAGUGGAAAGAGGUGAUCAUGAUCUUUGUGGAUGAUGAUUAUGGUAGAAAUGGAAUAUCCACUUUAACCGAUGAGCUUGACAAGAGGAUGUUUAAAAUUUCUUACAAAAUACCCUUACCUUCUCAUUGUAAUCUCAGUGAAAUCACAGCCAUACUCAAUAAAUCCAAGUUGCUUGGUCCUCGUGUUUAUGUUGUUCAUGUCAAUCCUGAUCCUAGAUUAAGUAUCUUCAAAAUAGCCCAUCAACUUGAUAUGAUGACAAGUGAUUAUGUGUGGCUGGCAACAGAUUGGCUUUCUACUACCUUGGAUUCUAUUCUGCUUGUGCAACAAACCUCUCUAAACAUCCUUCAAGGCGUGGUUGUACUUCGUCAACAUAUUCCUGAAUCCAGCCAAAAAGUAACAUUAUGGUCUCGGUUAAGGAAGAUGCUGCCAGAAGACUCCAGAAACUCUUCGUUGAAUGUCUAUGCUCUAAGUGCCUAUGAUACCAUUCAAGUAGUUGCACAUGCAAUUGAUAAGUUUCUGAAUGAAGGUAGGAGCAUUACCUUCUCAUUGAAGAACAAGUUUCAUGAUUUAAAUACAUCUAGAAUGCCCUGGGGAAAGCUCAAAAUAUUUGAUGAUGGUGCUCUUCUUUUGAGCAUAUUGUUGCAGGCAAACUUUACUGGUUUAAGUGGUCAGAUUGAGUUUAACACAGAUCGGAACAUUGUCACUAGAGGCUAUGAGGUGAUCAAUAUUGAUCAGACGGGACUGCGUAGAGUUGGUUAUUGGUCCAAUGUCACAGGCUUUACAAUCCAAUCCCCAGAAACUCUAAAACGGAAACAAAUUAGUUAUUCACACCUGAACCAGACUCUUGGCAAUGUUACCUGGCCUGGUGGAAAGACAGAAAAACCGCGUGGAUGGGUGAUUGCAGACAAUGAAAGACCAUUAAUAAUUGGAGUGCCACAUAGAGUAAGUUUUGUUGAAUUUGUUACUGCAAUCAAUGGAAGCCACAAAAACAUUGAAGGAUACUGUAUCGAUCUGUUCAAUGAAGCAAGAAAGCUGGUUCCUUAUGAUGUUCCUUACAGAUUAAUACCUUUUGGAAAUGGCUACUCCAAUCCUAGUUAUGAUGACCUUGUGAAGAACGUGGCAAAUGGUAUAUUCGAUGCAGCUGUUGGAGAUAUUGCAAUUGUGACCAAUCGCACACGGAUUGUAGACUUUUCACAGCCUUUUGCUUCUACCGGUCUUGUUAUUGUGGCUCCAAUAAAAAAUUCAAAGUCAAAUGCUUGGGUGUUCCUUAAGCCAUUUACAGUAGAGAUGUGGUGCAUAACAUCAGCAUCCUUUUUUAUGAUUGGGGCAGUCAUAUGGCUUCUUGAGCACCGAGUAAAUGACGAUUUCCGUGGUCCACCAAAGAGGCAGCUAAUGACAGUAAUACUGUUCAGCUUCUCAACAUUGUUUAAAACGAACCAGGAAGCUACUGUAAGUCCACUUGGACGUAUGGUAAUGGUGGUGUGGCUUUUCUUAUUGAUGGUCAUCACAUCUAGCUAUACAGCCAGUCUCACUUCAAUCCUUACGGUUCAGCAGCUUUCAUCUCCCAUUAAAGGACUUGACGACUUGAUUACUAAUGAACAGCCAAUUGGCUACCAGGUAGGAUCGUUUGCGUAUAGCUAUCUGACCGAGAGUCUAUACGUUCCACGAUCGAGGCUUGUAUCUCUAGGCUCUCCAGAUGAGUAUGAAGCAGCACUGCUGAAGGGACCGUUCAGAAAAGGAGGUGUGGCGGCUAUUGUAGAUGAACUUCCAUAUGUGGAAUUAUUCUUAUCGGGAAGGAAUGAUUUCGGAAUGAUUGGACAGCCAUUCACGAAGAGCGGAUGGGGAUUUGCUUUUCAGAGAGGAUCUCCACUUGCAGUAGACAUGUCAACUGCAAUUCUAAAGCUUUCUGAGAAUGGAAAGCUUCAGAAGAUCCAUGAGAAGUGGUUUUGUAGAAUGGGUUGUCCUGCAGAGAGGAGAAGGAAAUCUAAGCCUAUACAACUUCAGUUGGUCAGCUUCUGGGGUCUUUAUCUGUUGUGCGGCGCCUUUUCACUCAUUGCUCUUUUUAUAUUUUUGCUGCGUAUAGUUCGACAAUUUGCUCGCUACAUACGACAACAGAAGGAAUCAUCUCAAGCAGAUUUGAUGUCAUCAAAUUCAAACUCAAGCUGGACUCAGGUUAUAUAUAAGUUUAUCGACUUUGUUGAUGAGAAGGAAGAAGCUAUCAAGAGACUUUUUCGAAAGCAUGAUACUCUGAAUCAGGCUAACCGAUAGCUCAUCGAUAUGUGUUGAAAAUACUUGCAGUCAAAAUCUCUAAGUUUCAGAAAUAGUGUGCUCUUUUGCUGCAAAGUAACCUAAACUUUAGUGUUGAUGUAAAUAAGACUCCAACAUUAUGAUCCUAAUUACUCCUAUAUUUGGGUGGUCAAGUUCUGUGUGAGUGUGAGUAUGAGUUUGAUAGAAUUAUUUGUGUGAGAGAGUUAUGAACACAAAGUAAUUUCCAGCAAAUUAGUCAGAUGUUCAUCAAGUUUUAAUCCAAUUAAAACUUGUUUAUAUGCUAUUUCACAUGCAAAA